AUGUACAAUUUAAAUUUGGCGGGCGCUUCUGGUAGCAACCUGCUAUCAGUGGCGGGGGGCGAAAGCUCUUGCACCACUCCGCGAACCCCCGAAAUUCUGAACUCGCUAAUCGCCAUGUCGAACCCGUUCGACUCAUACCGCGGGGGUACCCUGGGGCCCCGGCUGGCGUCUUCGCCCCCCAGUGGCUCGGACACCAACAGCACCUGCAGUAGUGGAUCUCCCAGCUGCGUGUCUCCACCCAGUGUACAGCUGACUUGCUCCAAGCUGAUCAAGGAGGGUCUGCGUCACACGCUGCAGACGAAACGCCGCAACAAUUCUGUCUCGUCGGAUGCACAACUGUCGUCGGUUGAGGACGGGAGUCGGACCUGCAAAACUGAGGAGGUAUGUGGUCGAGGUAACAGUAGUUUAUGA